AGAGAUGCUGGGCUGGAUUUCAUGACCCUGAGAGCCAGGGUUCUGACUGAGCCACCCAGACGCCCCUCCCCUUUGCUCUUAAAGGUACAAAUUGAUGUUUGAUUUAUUAGAAUAAACUUUUUAAAUUAAUUUUUUCAUCUAGCUUGGUGCAAAAAAAGAUCAGAAACUGAGUGAGCUCCCUAGAUGUAUAUUCGGUCUACUUAUGUGCCUGCCUUUAUAGACAGUAAGCGUGCUCACUGGUCACGUGUUGUACUUACGCAUUAGAACAUUUUUUCUUGCUCUUAGUAUUUAAUGUAGGAUUUUUCUAACAAGGUUAAAUAUUUAUAAUAAACUAACACCAUAGAUUGAUAGUUUAAAGCACAGAAUGAAAGGAAGACACAAUUUCUCUAUGUACAACUGUUUCCUUUUUCUGGCCACCUGGUGCUUUUUGGUGGGCCUAAAGAUAUCUAGUUUGUCAGUGUGGGCUCUGAGGGUGGCCAUUUAACCGCCCUGCAGAUUGUUUAAACAUUUUCUUUUACAAAAAAAGCAACAAUUAUUUUUAGUGCCGUUAAGAUAAUACUGUGAUUAAUGAGGUGGUAUACCGUCCAGGUGCAUAAUAAAGAGACAUGCACACUUGCAUUUGGACCAUGAAAUUACAUUUAGGAAUUAUUUAUGUGAGAGUAUGCUUUGAGGGAGUCUCCAGAAAUACUUCUUUCUUUCAAAGAGUUUUACCUCCUUUUGUUUCUUUUCUUUCGUGGCAGCACCCUUGUGAGAAAAGUCAGACAUUAUUCUUAUUUUGGCAACUGAGGAACGAAGGCAGUUGGGAGGAAGGUCGUGGGUACCAAUGGUUAAGGGCACGGUUGGAAUUGGGCUCAACCCUGUAGCACCUACCAGUGACAUGACCUCUUGAAGCCUCUGUUUUUGCAUCUCUAAUCAAAGGAGAUUAUGAUAAUAAUAGCUAGUUAAGAGGGGCGUUGGGGACCAAAUGAGACGGUGUUUAGGAAGUGUUCAGUGCUCAAUGCAGCACCAGCCUAGUGGGGAGCCCUCAACCAGAGAGAGCCCUAGUACCCAGCUGAGGAGCAGGCACCCCAUCUUUUGGUCUCUGAUGUUCUCAUCACCAGACCAAAGUAUUUACUUUGUCCUCUUUGUACAAUACUCUCAUUUCCUUCUCUAUUCAAAGAGAACCUAUCACAUGGUGGCAAAAUACUGUGUUUCAACAUCUUCUGUUGCAGUUAUAUUUGCUUAAAGGGAUUGAUUUCAUUGACUUCCUGAUUCUCACCAUUUCAAGUUUUCCAGUUGAUUAUUUCAAAAAAGUUGAAGACUUCUCUGAGUCAGAGAGAUUUGAGUAAAUGAUCGUAUGAGGCUUAACAGGUUGGAAAAACAUUAGCUGUCUGUUGCUCUUUCAGCAAUCCUUGGAAAACGAACUAGUCCAGACAUAUAAAGAAAUAUGGAGACAAUGUUAUAAACACUCUAUCUGCAUCAUAUUGGUGCAUUUACUGAUCCGAUACAGAUUACAUUUCUUGCCAGAGAGCGUUGCUGUUGUUUCUUUAGGUAUUCUCAUGGGAGCAGUUAUAAAAAUUAUAGAGUUCAAGAAAUUGGCAAAUUGGAAGGAAGAAGAAAUGUUUCGUCCAAAUAUGUUUUUCCUCCUCUUGCUUCCUCCUAUUAUAUUUGAGUCAGGAUAUUCAUUACACAAGGGUAACUUCUUUCAAAAUAUUGGUUCCAUCACCCUGUUUGCUGUCUUCGGUACGGCAAUUUCCGCUUUUGUAGUAGGUGGAGGAAUUUAUUUUCUGGGUCAGGCUGAUGUAAUCUCUAAACUCAACAUGACAGACAGCUUUGCGUUUGGCUCCCUGAUUUCUGCCGUCGAUCCCGUGGCCACUAUUGCUAUUUUCAACGCGCUUCACGUGGACCCGGUGCUCAACAUGCUGGUUUUUGGGGAGAGUAUUCUCAACGACGCAGUCUCCAUUGUCCUGACCAACACAGCUGAAGGUUUAACAAGGAAAAAUAUGUCAGAUGUCAGUGGGUGGCAAACAUUUUUACAAGCCCUUGGCUACUUCCUCAAAAUGUUCUUUGGCUCUGCAGCACUCGGCACUCUCACUGGCUUAAUCUCUGCAUUAGUGCUAAAGCAUAUUGACUUGAGGAAAACGCCUUCCUUGGAGUUUGGCAUGAUGAUCAUUUUUGCUUAUCUUCCUUAUGGGCUCGCAGAAGGAAUCUCGCUCUCGGGCAUCAUGGCCAUCCUGUUCUCAGGCAUCGUGAUGUCCCACUACACGCACCAUAACCUGUCUCCAGUCACCCAGAUCCUCAUGCAGCAGACCCUCCGGACCGUGGCCUUCCUGUGCGAAACAUGUGUGUUUGCAUUUCUUGGCCUGUCCAUUUUUAGUUUCCCUCACAAGUUUGAAAUUUCCUUUGUCAUCUGGUGCAUAGUGCUUGUACUGUUUGGCCGAGCGGUGAACAUUUUCCCUCUUUCCUACCUCUUGAAUUUCUUCCGUGAUCAUAAAAUCACCCCGAAGAUGAUGUUCAUCAUGUGGUUUAGCGGCCUGCGGGGGGCCAUCCCCUACGCCCUGAGCCUGCACCUGGACCUGGAGCCCAUGGAGAAGCGGCAGCUCAUCGGCACCACUACCAUCAUCAUCGUGCUCUUCACCAUCCUGCUGCUGGGCGGGAGCACCAUGCCCCUCAUCCGCCUCAUGGACAUCGAGGACGCCAAGGCGCGCCGCAGGAACAAGAAGGACGUCAACCUCAGCAAGACGGAGAAGAUGGGCAACACCAUCGAGUCAGAGCACUUGUCAGAGCUCACGGAGGAGGAGUAUGAAGCCCAUUACAUCAGGCGGCAGGACCUCAAGGGCUUCGUGUGGCUGGACGCCAAGUACCUGAACCCCUUUUUCACGCGGCGGUUAACUCAGGAGGACCUCCACCACGGGCGCAUCCAGAUGAAGACCCUCACCAACAAGUGGUACGAGGAGGUGCGCCAGGGCCCCUCCGGCUCCGAAGACGACGAGCAGGAGCUGCUGUGACGGAGCAGGGCGCCCCGUCUGGCCUCCUUGCGGCUCUCUCCACAGACGCUAGGCAAGGGCCCCGGAGGGGCUCGCGUGCCCAGCCUCCUCGGGGGAGAUGGAAGCAAAGGCCGUGGUCUUUGGAAACCAGAGGUCCCUGGCCCUGGGGGCCAGCUGUCUACUUCUGAGGUAGGUCACGUCCCCGGGCCUCGCUGAACCGGACUCCUGCUCUCCGUGUUGCUUCUCAGCCCGCAGAUCGGAGGGAACAGCCAUCCAGAUAAAUCUUCCUUCUGCUUCUGUGGCCGGGGUGCAGAGUCGUCUGCCGGACUGAGGGGCCUGAGAAGAGAAGCCGUGCCCUGCUGUGGAGCCUGCCGUGACUGAGGUGCUGGGGGAGCCGGGGGAGCUUGCAGCCUCUGCCAUUCCCAGGCACGGCCUGCGUCACAGGGACAUCUGCUCUAGCAGCACAGCGAGCCAGCUGCCGUUUCCCUCUGGUCUUCAAGGAGCCUCUGGGCUCAGCCGCAGCGGUUCUGACCUAAGUGGCCGGCUCGGAAAUCUGGAAAACCUCACGCUCCCCUUUGUGAUGUUGCUUGCACUCCCUGAGAAGGAAAAACUAGUCACCUUUUUCUUUACCUCCACCUGGCACCUUGCAGGCCAAGCCCCUGGGCACCAGGCAGCUACUGGCCUCCUCUGGGAAUAGUGUGAAUGUUUAUGCUGGUCCGGAGCAGGGGCGCCCAGGCCGUCUCGGACCCGCAGUGGAAGCUGCAUCCUUGGGUUUCUGGGGUGAGCGAGCCUAUUCUGUGGGGUCAGAGCGCCCUCUGGAGGGAGAAGCUAGAGUUAGCUUAUGCAGGCCGGCAUCUGCUGUCUUUGAAUUCGGUUUAAAUUCAUGCACUUUGACAAAGUAGUGAGAGCCUGGCAAUCACUCCCUCGCUCAGUGGACCUCAUCGGUCCAGAGGCCCCAUUUCCUGGGCACUGUGGCGUCUGCCCACUGCCUACUGCCACCUUCACUGCUAAUCAGCAUUUCCUCUUUCCCUGUCCUAGUUCUUUAUUGGCUCAGGUCCCAGCUCACCAAAGCCCUAGGGCAGGGGCCAGAGCAGGAGUGCCCCGUGCUCCUCCCGGGCCACCCCCUCCCAGAACUCACUCACAGACCAUCUCUACGUGCUCUCUUUCUCUCACGCACACGCCCUGCCCUGUCCCUAUGGUCCCGGCCCCUGGCCAUCUAGGGUGUGGAGCUGCCAGUCGUGUCCAGGUGGAGUGGAGUUACUUUCACAUCCAUUCCUCCCCUGCCCUUAACAAACCUCAUCCCUGCAAGCCUUUGCCCAGCUAUGGGCCAGUGGCGACUCCCCUAGGUGGCUCAUGGUCCCGGUCUUGGGACUCGGCACACCUCUGGGAUGGUUGAAUUCGUCAUGUGGGUGUCCUUGGUUCUCUGGGGGAUGCAGCGGGCCAGCAUGGACCCUGGGCUGGGGACGUACAUUUCCAUCUCUUCUGCCUCAGGCAGCAUGGCUCUGGCUGUCAGGAAGGACUGACUUCGGAGCCCACCAGGCCAGACCCCUUUCCCAGAAGUAUGAGGCCGGUCAGGCAGGAAGCACGUGGUUUCCUUUUUAUGCAUGAAAAGUAAAUCUGUGCUUGAUAGGGUUAAAAUAUGGUCAGUUGUCUCUUUGUAACCUCCCACUUUAACCCCAUAAUAUGAGCCAAAUAGGAAUAUUUUACUCCACCUGAUACCUUCACUGGAGGAGUAAUACCGUGCAUAAUUCUGGGCUCUGUCAUUUCCUACUUACUUUUAGUGGAAAAGUAAGAGAAGAGGUCAGAGAGGGAGGGGAACUUUGUCCGCACCUGGGGGGAGGAGGGCAGGGAUCCAAGACGAGAGUGUCCCCCAAUCCAUAAGUCAUUUACUUUCUCCUUUGAAGUUCAGGGUCUGAUCUCAGAAGUGUAACAUGCAUUGCAAACUCAAUAGUUUACCAGAAAAUUUGGUGGGGAGGGGGCUAUGAAUUCACAGAUAAAGCAGUGAAAACAGGAUCUUCUCAGUUCAGACUGCCCCUUGUCACCAGGUCCCACCUGGCCUCCCACUUUUAGCUGAGACCUGAAAAUGAUGCUGUAAUAGAGAAGAGCCCCCAGGUGGAAGGUCCCUAAGGCCUGGCUUAGUGGGCAGGGGGCAUCUUUCCUGGCAGGUCCCAGCACCAGCGCGGGUCUCCCGUGAGUCUGUUCUGCCCCUGCUGAAGUGAGGCUUUAGUGGGCUGGAGCACGUUCCCACGGGGACAGGGGCGAUCCGUGUUCCUCGGGGCGAUCCGUGUUCCUCGGGUCUGUCUCUUCACCUUUGCCCCAGGCAGAGCCCAUGGAGGUAGAUUUUCCUGGUGGAUUUUUUUCAAGUAUCUUUGCCUGAGAAUCCGAAAUUUGCUGCUGUCUUACCUUUAGCAUACCUAAUAACUCUACUAUUUGGGGCCAUAAAUGCCUAGUAGAUAAAAAAAUAUUCAGCAUAACUACGAUUUCCCACGGAUUUAUUUCCUUGUAGGUCUAGGCCAUGGGAGAGACGUAGCACACAGACAAAGUCAUCCUUCAGAGUGAGGUGAAGGCUGUGAAGUCCGUGAGUGCCUGGGGGGAAGCUGGCCCGUUAGCCAGUGAACUCGGAAGACACGCUUGUCUUGGGGAGCUGUGUGGUGACAAGCUGCACACCCAGGGCUCCCCCUGCAGCCCUGUUGUUGUAGGACCGCUGGGAACAACCAUUCCCUGAGGCUUGCGGUGUGGGGUGUUACAGGGAAAGGAGCUGGCUUGUCCUAGGUUUUCAGAGAUCAAGUUUUAGGCUGAGCUGAGCCAGGGCCAGGCAGAAGGAGGGUGGCUCAGAUCCAUAGUCUGGUGCUCACUCAGCCCAACAGCAGAACCAAAAAACCCCUGCACCCAGGCCAGCUACCUCUCUUCACAGUGGAAGUGCCGGCCGGGCCGUGGCUGACAUAAGGCCAAGGGGCAGGGCUUGGCCCAGAAUGGUGGCUGUCCCGGGGUAUGCCAGGUUAGCCUUGGGAGGCCCUGGUUUGCCUGCAGUUUCCUUUGUGUGUGGUGAAAUGUGGAAAGAUUGAUGAGUGGGGCUCCUCCUGUCCCUGAAAGUUAUGUCAGAGGUGCCGUCAGCAGGACUCGGCCCUGUGGGGUCUCAGUUCCACAUUCCCACGGGGCCCGAUGCAGUUGGCAGAGUCCUCAGCGGGGCGGCCGCAGUCAGGAUCCCACUUCUGCUUUGGGGGAGAGAGUGAGGGUGGCGCAGGGUGGAGGCUAACUUCUCCGGAACUAAGUUGUGGAUGUCAGAGGUGCAGGCCUCAGAGCUGGUCCCUGAUUCAAGUGCAAGGAAGAAUCAGCAACUGAGAUCUGCCAUUAAUUCAGGCUUUUUUUUUUUAAGAUUUUAUUUAUUCAUUUGACAGAGAGAGGGAGAGAGAGAGUGAGUGCGCACAAGUGCACAAGCAGGGGAAGCCGCAGGCAGAGGGAGAGAGAGAAGCAGGAACCCCGCUGAGCAGGGAGCCCGACCCGGGACUCUAUCCCAGGACCCUGGGAUCAUGACCUGAGCCGAAGGCAGACGCGUCACCGACUGAGCCCACCGGGUGCCCCUAAUUCAGGCUUUAAAUGCAGAGAGAGAGAGACAAAAGGCACCCUGAUACCCCCCAUUCCCUCCAGAAGGCAGACCUGUGUUUCUCCUGCUGGUUGAUGUGUGUAGGAAACCAAAUCUGAACCGUUCUUGAUACAGCAGCCCGCAUCAUGGAGAAGCCGUUCUCCCAGGACCUCAGUCUCCAAAGCCCCAAGCAAUUAGUUUUAAAUGAAAACAAUCCCAGCGAGAAGAAAGAGUAAGUGGCCACACUCCCUUCCAUUCCGCUUCCUCCUGUCUCUCACGCAAGUGGAGUUAGACGUUCAGGAACUUCCGCUGCCUUUGGCCACGUGACAAAAGGAAGCCUUGACAGUUUCCCCUGGGCCACCGCAUCCCACUGGGCCACCCCAUCCCCUGGGCCACCCCUUCUCUCCACCCUCUCCCACCCUGGCUGACGUGGUCCAGAGGGAAACCAAUACCUGGCCUCUCACCGCUGAGUGGGUCUGCCAGGCCGCCGUGCGUGAGGCCGCCCGACCUCGGGUGAGAGCAUGACGUGCCCAGAGGGCAGCCGCGGGGGCCGGGGCCGCCUGACCUGACAGGGAACGUGCCGAGGGGAGCUCCAGAGAAAGCUCACCUGUCAGCUCCGUGUGAGAGCCCCGUCUGCGCGUUCCUGGCGCUCCCUUCUGGAAGCCGCAGCCCUGCCCAGGCUCCGGCUGCGAGGGUCGUGGCUUCCCCAAGGCUGCGACGUUGUCUCCAACGCAGCCCCUGCCAAGCUUGAUCUGUUCUUUGUAUUCUCUUGAGUAAUUUUCUUUGUAAAAAUGAAGGAUUUUUGUAAGUACUGCUUUUUUAUUUGUUUUAAGGACCUUUGGGAAGGUCCUCCCCUGUGUAAGCUGUGAGGUGUUGGUGAGAUCCUGGUUCCUGAGAAGUGGUUUGCUGCUCUUCUGGAUGGGGCCUCAGAUGGGGCGGGUCAGGGACAGGGCACCUGUCCAGUCAGCUCACUGGACUCUGGAAAGAACGCAGAAAUGGCUGGAAAACAGUAAUGUCACUGGAUACUUAUUUAGAAAUAAAAAUGAAUGCUGCUGGA